AAAUGUAUUCUGAGCACGUUUUAUUGUUUAAACAGCUAAUUUUUACAUAUUUAAAGCUACUUCAAUUGAGUUGAGUACUAAAAACUGAGUAUUGAUAUUAAAAUAAGGCAGUAAAUAAUCAUUGUUGUUAAGAUGAAAACUACUUUAAUAUUAACUGUUGUUGUUUUGACUAUUGUAAGUGGUUUUAACAUAUCUUCAGGUUCAGAAGACCCGGCUAAGGCAGAACACUUUCAUUCCUGUCAUAGAUGGAUUAAAUGCAGUGCAGAGGAUAAAGCCGCACUUGAUGAGUUUAAUGCCUGCUUAAAUCAGAUACCAGCAGAGAAAAUGAAGAAGUUUGUAAAGAUUUUGGCAGAUUUCGCCAAAGAAAAAUGGUCAGACUUAGAGGCAGCAUAUAAUAACUACUGUGCCUGGGAUGGAGUACGACAGAAUGAAUAUUUUGUGGAAGUUCAACGGCUCGUUUUAGAGGAGUACUCAGAGACAUGUGCUGAUUUUUUCCAAAUUGAUUCAUGCACAAAAAUGACCCAGUCGACUGGAUGUUUUGUAGAUCUAUUCAACAAAGUUCACGCUGAAGAAAAAUGCUGACGUCUCAAAUACUAACAUCGAACUAAGAUGUUGCUGAGUUAUGUAAACCUUGGCCUUCAUCAGUUCUACUAUUAAAAUGCAACUAUUUA